CUGGAUCAAUGCUCCUACCAACUUGUUUCACUCGCAAAUGAAGGCUUCACUUCGAUGCUGAUGCUAUGCGGAUUUCGAAAAUCCCAUCCCGCCGUUCACACAGCCUCAAGAAGUCGCUGCAGCCAACUGACAGCCCACGCCUUCGCUAGCCUCGGAAUCCACGCCACCUAUUCUCGACUCUCGCCUUCGACAUUUGCUCGCAGCUCUCCCUUACAUCAUUCAACCAAGCCGCACCUCUUCAGGGUCGAGAGAGCCUUGAUCCAAUUGUCGCAGCUCACGCUCGGGCAUCUCUCUAGACUCACAGCCUCAGCCUCCAUUAUCCGAGCAAACAUCACCACUCAGCCCAGCUCCCGUCAGAUGCUCCAACCAUGACGAGCCCCCAAGACAACGACCAGGACGACUUCUCCAACGUCACUUGGAGCGAGCAUGUACAUGAUCAAGCAGCGCGCUCUGCAGCUGUCGCCGCUGCCGAGGGUCCCGGGCGCCCCAUAGAGGAGAUUGGAAACAGCUCGGCGAAUGCCAUCGGUCGUGAGAAGCUCGAAUGCACUGUUGGGUCGCCCAUCAAGGAGAAUGACGGCACCAAGGAUGCCUUUGUCUCCUACCUCGUCACUACUCACUCUACAUUCCCAUCGUUCCAGAAAGAAGUCACAACGGUGAGGAGGCGCUUCACAGACUUUGCCUUUCUCUUCAAGCAGCUCAUGCGAGACUACCCGGCCUGUGCCGUCCCACCAAUCCCGGAUAAGCAGCGCAUGGAGUACGUCCGCGGCGAUCGCUUCGGUAACGACUUCACUUCACGGCGCGCCCACUCACUGCAGCGGUUCCUGAACCGCCUAUCGCUCCACCCGGUGCUGCGCAGGAGCACCAUUCUGCACAGCUUCCUCGAAAGCCCGGACUGGAACGCGACAGUCAAGAGCCGCACGACUCGUGGCAGCAUAGCGAGCGACCCUGGCGGUUCCAGCGGCGUUUUCGACAACUUUGCCGAUACUUUCAUCAACGCUUUCACCAAAGUCCACCAGCCCGAUAGGCGAUUCCUCGAGGUGAAGGAGAAGAGCGACAAGCUUGAUGAAGACCUCGGCCAUAUCGAAAAGGUAAUUGCCCGUGUGGCCCGCCGAGAAGGCGACCUAGAAACCGAUCUUCGGGAUCUAGCGGAGCAAUUCCAGAAACUCAUCACCCUUGAACCUGGUAUCGAGUCUGCUGUCCACGCUUUUGCCGCCUCUAUCGAAGAUACGGCACAACACCUUCACCAGUUAAAGGACGUUACAGACCAGGACUAUCUCGGAUCGCUUCGCGACAUGCAGGCCUUCUCUCUUGCUCUCAAGAAUCUACUUAAAGCCCGAGAACAGAAGCAGCUUGACUACGAACAGCUGACAGAGUACUUAAACAAGUCCACAUCCGAACGUGACUCUCUACGUUCCGGCCACGGCGCACCAAGCGGGCCGGGCGGCUUCAUCCGCGCCAAGAUAGAGGACGUCCGUGGAGUGGAUCACGAACAGGCCCGACGAGAGCGCACCAGGAAGCUGGAACUACGGGUCGAGGAGCUCAGCACUGAGGUCGAAAAUGCUCGUGAAACCAGCCAUCGGUUCGACGACGAGGUGAUCCGCGAGGUUGCUGACUUUGAGCGCAUCAAGCGCAUCGAGAUGAAGGCUCAGCUUGGCGGUCUGGCGGAUGCUCAUGUCAAGUUUUACGGCGACGUUGCCGAGUUGUGGGAGCAAUAUGUCAUGGAGAUGGAAAAGGAAGGCGUUGUUCCUAUAGCGUGACAGUGAGCUAAGAGAUGCGUGUUUAAUGUGAUAUUGAUGACAAACUAUCUGGAGCGAUCUUUUUUCUCUAUUUUUUUUUUUUUUUCAAGUAAAGAGGGAAGGGAAGGAGUGUGGUAUAGGAUCUGGUAUUGAGGUAUACGUGGGCGUAACGUUGAAGGGGAGGAAAAUAUAUGCUCCUGG